AUGUAUCUAGGCUUUCUGUUCACAUUAUUCUCGUUGGUUGUACAUUUCAUUGCAGCUCAACAGCAACCAAAUGGAAACCAAACCAUUCUUCAAGCACUCAAUGAUACAAAUGCCAGUCCAGCACUCAAGUUUGUAGCACUUUUGCAGUCAUCUCCAGAUUAUCAACCCAUUGUUGAUUUGUUAUCAGAUCCUUCAAGUAAUGUGACCCUGUUUGUUCCAUCAGAUCAAGUGUAUUAUAAUGCUACUGGCCAAAUGCCUACAACAAACAAUACUGACAUGCAGAACUCAACCACAGGCGGUAAUACUGAUUCCUCGGGAUUCUCUCCUACUGGUGCUGUUGGUGUAUUCUUUUCUUCAAUCAUUUAUGGUGGACAAUCAUCCGCUACGUCCAAUGCUGAACAGCAACAACCACCUACUAGUGUUACUUCUGCUGGUGCUACUAAUGCUGGCGCUGCUCCUGUUGCUACUAGUACACAGAACGACGAUGCAGCUGCUACUGCGCUUCGUAGUGUCUUUUCGCCUUUCUUCCCUGCACCAACCUCAUUACCCAACAUGGCCAAAUACGUCCGCAUGUCUAAUGAGGAAUACUUGCAACCUUAUCACGAUAGCAUGUAUUCUUUCAAACCGGUUUCUCUUCAAGCUGCUCUCCCUGACAAUGAUACAAGUGGUUGGAAUCAAGUGAUUGCAAACACGCCUUUUGCAAAUCAAUUCAAUCUUAUUGACUUAUUUAGUUAUCAUGUUGUGAAUGGAACAACACAGUUCCAAAACAGUACGAAUAUCUUGAAUACCUUGUUAUCUAACAAUUCUAUUGAUAAACUUGGAUAUGGUCUACCUUUAAUUGUUCAACAACAACAACAGCAGCAACAACAGCAACAGUAUCAAGUUUAUCAUAAAAGACAAGAAAUGACAAACAAUACUUCGAGUGAUUUUAUGUGGACAGUAGGAAAUGGACUUGAUAAUAGUGCUCAUAUCAUGAUGAAUCAAACUAUUCAGGCCUCCAACGGUAUUGUAUACGUAGUUGAUAAGAUAUUGGUCCCUCCAUUAAGCCCUAAUGAUACUCUCAGCGCCCUUCAAAAUGUCUCUUCGUUUGAUGCUUUGUUGGGACAAUUGUCUAACAAUUCGCUAGAUUCAACCACAAAUGUUACUCUUUUUGUUCCGGUAAACGAAGUCUUGCAAAACUUGAAUGCUACAGGUCUAGAUGCGCAGACAUUGGAUACUAUUGUUCAAGCACAUAUUGUUCCUGGCGUUUAUUAUACUACUAACCUGACAUUACAGCCAACUACUGUUUCUACUAUUGCUGGUACAAACAUUACUUUGACGAACGCCGACCCAUCUAAUAACAUCAGUGUACAAGUGAAUGGUACAAAUGUUGUUCAUGCAAACAUUCUUUUAAACAAUGGAGUUAUGCAUUUGAUUGAUGGAGUCUUAAAUUAUACGACAAACCAAGCACAAGGAAACAGCACGAAUGGUAAUUCAACCGAUAGUAGUGGCAAUAAUGGUGGCUCCAACAACGAUGGCUCCAACAACAAUGAUCCUAAUAACAAUCCUUUCCCACCAUCUGCUGGCUCUUUUGCCAACAAAGAUUUCAUUGUAUAUAUCUCAAACAUUUUGGUUUACAUGACUCUUGUUAUCUUUUCUUACAUAUUAUUCUAA